AUGUAAUAGUUUUCAACUUAAAUUGAAUUUUAGGAAGACUUUGAUUUUAAGAAUUCUGUAUUGCUUGGUUAAGGAACAUUCGGAAAGGUCUUCAAGGCUAAGGCUCUAAAGUCUUUGCCUCAAGGAUAUUAUGCUUUGAAAAUAAUUGAAACAUAAAGGUAUCCAAUUUUAUAGCUUAGCGAAUAGGCUUAUGAGUUGGCUAUUUAAGAAUUAAAUUUGUAUUCAGCAAUAACGUAUCACUAGAACGUUAUUAAGGUUUACAAAGUAUAUUCUUGGAAAGAUGAAAUGCCGUUCAGAAAAUUUUUAUUAGUGUUUGCAAUGGAAUUAGGAAUAAAUAGCCUUAGAUAGGAUAUAGAGGAUAGGAGGAAAAAUCAUAAAGAAUAUGGAGGUUCAUAAUACAUAAUUAAAUAAUAGACAUGUUGAUAAUAGAUAUAAUGAAUUAAUGUUUGAGAGCAUUUUACUAUUUAGCCAAGAAUAAGCAUUUAUUCCAUAGGGAUAUAAAGCCAGAAAAUAUCUUAGUUACAAGUUUAUAACCAUACACUGUUAAACUAGUUGAUUUUGGGGCUGGAAAGGAGAAUUUUCAUGGAUAAGCAAUGUUAAAUACUUUAGUAGGAACACCUUUAUUUUUGUCACCCAAGUUAUACGUUGCGUAUUCAAUGAACUAACCAGGAAAAGUGAAGUAUAAUAUAUUCUAUUAAAGACAUGACUUAGAAAAGAGCGAUGUAUUUUCUUUGGGUAUAACUUUCUUGCAAAUGAUCCUACUACUUCAUGAUAGGGAUUUGUCGAAGUUGAAUGAUCCCAUCAUUUAUGAUGAUAAAACUGGGGAACCUAUUGAUACAAGUGAAUAAUUUGCUUAGAGAAAAGACUGUCAAGGGUGGAAGAAACUAUAGAAUCACAUCAAUAUUAUUAAGCAUCCUUCUAUUAAAGCUUGUAUCUACGGAAUGACAGAAUUUAGUGAAAGGAAUCGAUUCACUUGGUUCUAAGCUUUAACAACAUUAGAUCCAGACUUCAAAGAUGAGUAAAUUAACGAAUAAAUUUAGUGAGAAACCAUAGAUCCAGAAACCAAUAUAAGCUAAUGAAUAGAAGUAAUAGGUUAUUUAAUCUUACUCCAAUGAAAACACAACACUCAAAUUUCUAGGAACUCUGAAUGAUGAAAAUUAUCAUGAUAAGAUCAUUUCAGCUGGAAAUUAAAUUCUGUCUCAUUCAAAAGAAGGUGUAAGACUUAUCUCAAUUGGAGGUACAGUAGAAUGGAUUUUCAAUCAAAGUACUAGAAUGUUAUAAUUAUAGAUGUUAGCUUUUUAUCAUAUCUUCCUUCACUUGAGAUUUGUGUAGGAUUAACAAUGUUCGGGGAAAUAUUUGGAAUUAAUCUAAAAAAUAAAUCAUUUAUUUGUGAAAGAAUUAUUCACUUUCAACAUGAUGCAAUUAGUGUAUGAAUCACUUUCAAGCCUUAGGUUAUGAAAUAUAUGAGGAAGGAUCUCUGUAUAUUGGGAACAAAGUUUGGGGAAAUUAUGAUAUUAGCCUUUGAUACUUAACCUCCUUCUGUAAUUAAAAAAUACAAGGAACUUGAUAGGGCAGUUGUAGAUCUAAUAUAUGAUGAUGAAGUAAAAUAUAUAAUAUCAACACAUGAAAAUUCAGCUAUCUUUUGUAAGUAUUUAGCGUAUGAAUAAACGUAAUUUUACAACUCUAAUAAUAUAGUGCUAAAUAUAUUUAUGAAACUUAAUUGAAUAAUUUAAUCUUGAUCUCGUCUCAAUAUUUCGCAGGUACAACAAAAGACUAACCAGAAAUUCCUAUUUUUUAAAUUCGAGAUGGUAUUUAAAAUUCAUUCAUCUUAGGUGUAAUAAACUUAGUUUAAAUAUAUUAAAUACAUAAUAAAACAGUACCCUUAGCUCUAGCGAUGUCAGAUAUUUACCUUGUGUGGGUGAGUUAAAAAUUCAUAGGGUCAGUUUAAGUGGAUGGUGAUCUUAGCAAAUUAAAUGAAGAAAAAGGUAAAGAGUUAAUUGUUAAUGCCUCAAAGCCAGCUCAUUUAAUAACAACAGUAUAGACUGGAAAAAUAAUUGCUGCUAGUGAUGGAAAUAAAUUACAUUUAUACUAAAUAGGUAUUCAUAAAAGUUCAUUAUGAUUAGUUUCUCAAAAUUGUGAAAUAUUUUGA